CCGGGGUAUGGAAGCAAGGAAAGGAUAUGGGUGGGUUGGUUGCUUGGGUUUUUUUUUGCUUAAUCUUCAACUCGGUUUAAUCUAAUGUUUCCAUACUGGUUGGGGGGAAACUAUUUGUCAUUUGUACUUCAACAAAACAAGGAUGUUAAGGUCAAACCUCACUCCUGACACAUUUCCUUUAGCGGAGGGCUGUGGGCUCGGAGACAUUCUUGGGAACUGCAAGGAGAAAGAGUUGGCUGGGGUCGAGCUUGGUUUCAGCCUGAGAAUCCAGUCCUCCCCCACUUCACAGUGGGAAGGGAAGAUGCGUGGAGCGAUUCCCCUGUGCGUCCUCCUGCACGCCAGCUCUGUGCUGUGCGGUGCCGAGCAGCCCCGCGGGAACCACACUUGGUGCGAAGGCUCUGGCGCCUGCUACAGUGUCCACCUCGCCCAAGUGCCCUUCGGCAGAGCCCAGGAGGCCUGCGCUCUGCGCGGGGGAGCGCUGAGUACGGCCAGCGGGCAGGCAGAGGUGCGGGCCAUCCUCGCCCUGCUGCGAGUGGUUGCGGCCGGGCCCGGCUCCUGGGUGUUCUGGCUCGGGCUGGUCAGGAGAGCGCCGCAAUGCACCCAGGUGGAACGGCCUCUGCGGGGCUUCUCCUGGCUGGCGGGCACCCAGCAGGCGCUGCAGGGAGAGCCCGAGGAGUUGGACAAGUGGGUGAAAGAGCCGAGCAGGUCGUGCACUACCCGGCGGUGCGCGGGGCUGCAGGUCACUGCGGGGCGCCAGGACCUGGAGCCCUGGGGCUGGAGGGAGCGGACCUGCAAGAACAGCACCACGCAGGGCUACGUGUGUAAGUACCCCUACAACGGCACCUGCCCCGCUCCGCGGCCCCAGGGCGCCCGCAGCCUCCUCUUCUCGCUCCCUUACCAGCUGCACAGCGCCGCCCUGGACUUCAGCCCCCCGGGCACUGAGCUCGUGGUGGCCUGCCCCGGGCCCCAGGGAGACGUGCGGCUGCGCUGCGAGCUGGGGCAGGGCGGCUACAGCUGGACGGGCGCUGGGGAGCAGCUGUGCCCUUGCCCCUCCGGGUACCGGAGCCCCAGCACUGGAGCCUGCCUGGAGCCCGGAGACUGCACCAGCGCCCAGGGCGCUUUCCUCUGCGUGUGCGCCCAGGGCUUCCUCCUGGGGGCCGACAAGAAAUCCUGUGUGCGCCCCGGGCACGCUGGGGGCUCGGCCAGAGCGGCACCCCACCCGACCCUGUCUGCGGGGGGGACUCUCCCCAGCAGCAGCUCGGGUGCGCCUCCCCCUCCCUCCAGCCCUCAGCCAAGCACAGCUGGGGAGGUAAAGUCCUCGUCCUCCCCCACCUAUGUCUUCAUCCUGGUGGCCACGGCUGUGGUGACGGUGGUGAUCCUGGUCGGGGCCGUGCUGGGGGUCUUCAAACUCUGCUUCAUGAAGAGCCCCUCCUCGGCUAGCCAGGAGGGCAAGGAGCCGGCUCCCGCAGCGGCCUCAGAGAGUGAUGCGGAGGCCACCAGCACCAGUUCCGAGAAUUCCCUGAAGGCCCGGGGAGACGCGGCAGAGAGAUUGCCCGGCGAGCCCAGCCCAGAGGAGGAAGCUCCACCCGGGAAUUAGGAACCUCUAGGGCACAAUGGACCCAUGGAAGCUUAAUUUGAAAUGAACCAGCCCUGGCUUUCCUUUCGUGUGAGUGAGCCCAGGCUGAGCUGGCAGCUCCCACUCAUUUGGAGGGAGGCUUCUUCGUGUCAAGGCAUCUCUCUGGAGAGGAAGGUUUUGGCGAUGCUUCAAUGAAACCUUGAAAAUCUCAUCGCCCGGUUUUGUUGUUUUUUAAACGUAUUCAUGUAAAUUGCCACCCAGCUUGGCAGACGUGCCCAGGACAAUGCAGUGACAAAGGAAGGGUCUGGCUGGGAUCUCUGCAACAUAGGGCUUGAUGUGGCCUUUAAUGCAUUUAUGCUUUAGGGCCAAAAGGUCAGACUUGAGUGCCGAAAGUUAGGCACCCAACUAAGUGGCUUGUUUUUCAGGGGUUCUGAGCACCUGAAGCUUCUGGUAAUUUCCCUGGGAGUUUUUAAUCACAUUCUGAAAAGCAGGUCACUUAUUUAGGUGACCAAAUAUGGGUGAUGGGGCCUGAGUUUCAGAAGUGCUGAUCACCGGCAGGUCCUGUUGACUUCAACUGGAGUUUGGGUUCUUAGCAUCUCUGGGAAGCAACCAAGUUUGAAAAUGUUGGCCAAGGUGCCUUACAAGUUCUAAAUUAUCCCUUGAUGUAGAAUUGUUGAGUGGUAUUUGGAGGCUUUAAUUUUAUUUGAAAUUGUUUGAACAUUUUGAGAUAUACACUUCCAUAUGAUUGCACAACUCCCAUCUUUCUAUUAAAGUGUUUAGACUUGAGGCAGUUUGAUGCAAAACUUCCUGAGUGCAAAUAAGCCACCCCCAUGAUACCCAGAGUUGCACAUCCAGAAUGUUGCCAAAUUUUUCAGGUUAGAACAGUGGACAUGAGUCUAAAUAUAGCCCAAAUUCUUCUCUCCUUUGUCACAUGAGUUUGAUGUGUUGAUUUCAAUGGGCUUCUCCUGGGAGUAAAGAAUGGAAGGUUUGCCCUCUGUGAGUCCUUCCUAGGUGAUGCAAUCCCUUUGUUUGUGAUUUCCUUUCAGAAGUCCCAUAAAUCAGUUAUAAGUCUGGGCACACAACUUACUUUGUUUGCAAUUCAAAAUGCUGAUACUCUCUUCCAAUUAUGGCAUUGUUGAUUCUCAGUUAGGGUUAGGGUGACCAGACAGCAAGUGUGAAAAAUCGGGACAGGGGGUGGAGACUAGGAGGAGCCUAUAUAAGAAAAAGACCCCAAAAUCAGGACUGUCCCUAUAAAAUCGGGACAUCUGGUCACCCUAGUUAGGGUAUUAAUGGUAAGUAUUGAUUUGAAGUCUUCUGAGUGCAAUGAGAGACAGAUAAACUGGAUUGCCACCAAACAUGUUCCACAGAAAACCUUUUGUUUAUUUAAAAGAAGCAAGAGCUUGGAAAAGUCUGUUUCUUAAACAUUUCCGACACUUUUUUUCCUCUCCAGACCUGGCCUUAACUCCCUCUUUCCCUCUGCCCCCCUCUUUCCUAAUUUUGAGGAUUUGAUUUCAAAAACAAAAUAAAUUCCCAGACUUUUUUCAUGCAAAGAUAGCUAUGAAAAUGUACACCAAUGUAAAGUGAUGCUAUGGCUAAAGUUUGCCACAGUGAUUUUUUUCCUAAAGAUCAUGAAAUAUUUAGAGUACCCUCUACCUCAACCUACAUCUGUCUAAUAUUUUUGACCUGUGAAAAGGGUCCUUUGAUUUUGGCAGGGGAAUUGCAGCCCAAUUCACGUUUGUGUGGUGCAGUGCUGCACCAACCUUUGCUGAUGGCUCUAGGUCCACCAUAAGCUCCUUCCGAGCUGGCUACAUAUUCUAAUACAGCGGUCUCAAACUGUGAGUCAGUACCCCAAAGUGGGUCGCAAUCCCAUGUUAAUGAGAUACAUUUGGAGUGCCUCAAAUAAUUGUCUCAUUGGCCUGCCCCAGAAUCAGAGGUGAACUAGUCUUUACAAAACAAACUGUCUCCUAAUUUUCAUAUUUUAUAAUAUAUUUGCAGUUAUACUUUACAAAGAGAAAUACUUUUCAUCUCAAAUAUAAGCCUUCCAGGAGGGUUGAUUCUGUAUUCAGAUGUGCAUAUUUCUGAAAAGUGACUAAUAGGUCAUAUGCGGCUUUCAGUCAUUGCACAAUUCCCAUUGUCAGGAAUGUGAGUAACCAGUGUAGACUUGGAAGCAGUAUACAUUGGGCUUUCUGUUGGUCCACACAUUGAACUCAGGUCUUUUGCAUUCACCCAUAUUUCUAAAAUGGGCUAUUUAAGUCACUUGGAGCUUUGGGGAAACUCUUGCUUGCCUUACUUUUGCAAAGUUUUUAACACAAAAUCCUCAUCUCUUUCCCAUUUCAGACAUUGGAAUUCCAAAAAGGGCUAUGAAACUGCUUAAACAGUUUUGUCUUUUCAAGACUAAAUUAUUGUAAUUCUUUGUUUCCAGGAACCUUGCACACACAUGGCUGUAUUCUGAGAGGUGUUAGGCGCCUGCAAUUCCCUUGCACUUUAAUUUGGAGUUGCAGGUGUUCAGCACCUCUCAGGAUUUGACUCAGAGGAUGUAACUUAUUCAAAAUGCAUGAAGUCUGGCAUCACCCAGAGACAUGAAUGUGUGGGCCACUAGAUAAUUUAUACAUUUUGGGGUGGGUUGAUUUGCCUAAUAAUGGUCAUUAUAAGCCCAAAGCUCAAGUUAGUUGUGUGUUUACGUAAGUUCCUGGUCAGUGGAUGCAAAUUCUCAAAUUCCAUUUACUUCAUUGAGAGUAUAUGGACAGAAAGCAAUGUGUGGCCCCAAGAACAUAAAUUAUGAACUAAAGUGAAGUAUCUUAUUUUCUACAUCCUGAUCAUGGUAUUUUAUUUGUGAAAUUGCUAGAGUUGCAGGGAAGGAAAAGCCACACAAAGGUCUUGCGUCUCCAGAUCGAGAAACAUAAUGAGCCAGGAUAUCUAUUCAGCAAGUCACAAAGGGCCAGGUUGCCUCCCUCCCUUUGAAAAACCAUGGGAGAGGGGACAUGGAAAUCUCUGCUGGGUUUUUUCAUGGAGAGGGCCUCAAAUUGUCCUGCUGGGACAGGGUUUGCCCUGGAGAAAAACCACACCAAAGUUGGCAGACCCUGGGGCAUCUGGCUGUACCUACACAGCAGCUCUGGCUCCACAGGUCCCCACUCCUUGGCACUGUGGCUUUACUGGAGCUGGACUACCAUGGGAUCCAAUGCCACAAAGCUCCAAGGGCCUGGGCCUGGAUUAACUUUUCCAGCUAACUUCCAUGGGGGGUGGAGGGAGGGCAAUGUGCAUUUCUCCAGUUACCCUUCCUCUCACUCCCCCACCACUUGACAUGACCCUGAACAAACAGAGAGCCCUCCACAAGGUUAUUGGUGCGUCUCUUCUGUGCAGAGGAAGGGGAGAUCUGAGGUCAGGGGAUCCUCCCUUAUGCAUGUCUAUGGAGGUACAAUCUGGCUUUAUAGUUAGGUGAAGCUCAUGGAGUUCACGGUUUCUUAAAGCUUUCCAAGUAUUUUUGCUGUUUACAAAACUAGGUCAUACAUCUUUUCUUCCCCCGACUUGUAAUUUUCUCCUAAGGGAAACUUAAUAAAUAAAAAGUUGUCCUACCUAAAAGGAAGGUGUUUUAUAUAUCAGAGAUGAAAAAAACCCUCCAAAAGCAAAGUUAGCAUGUGUGGGUACCCUGGAUAUUGUAUAUGCUGUAUUUAUUUUUGCUUUACAGUAAUUCUCUCUCUCUCUCUCUCUCUUUUUUCACAUUCUCCCCUUUGUAUUUGUUUUCCCCUCUGCCUACUUUCUGCUCUGUUUUUACCUUAUUAUGUCAAUGUAUUUUUUCUUUAAAAAAAUACAAACCCAAUAAUAUUUGAAUUUGGUUUGAACCCAAGAUGCCUGGAUGGACUUGAAAUUUGUACUUUGGUACAAAAUAAAUUCAUCCACCUGUGAUGCAGAUCACAUAAAUAUGGGCGGGGAAGGAGAUACAUUUUUUGUUGGCUGGAAAUUUCUGGAAUGUUUAAAACCCAGAGAACAGAUAUUUUGGGAGCAGAGGUAAAUAGUCCUUGCUUUUCCCCAACACCCUACAUUUAGAUCGUUGUCUUCUCAGAUAUACAACCAAUAAGUCUGCAACCAAUAUGUUUGCAAAAUACAGUUUUUGCACAUAUAAGUGCUAACACAAUAACCUCAAUGCAGUUGUCAGCACUGAAGAAACAUGUCUGAUCCAGAGUCAAUUGAAGUUUUGCCAUUCACUUCAGUCGGAGCAGAAUCAAGUCCAUACGUUUGGAUAAAUUCAUAAAUAUAUAUUAAAACUUCUGAGAUGGGCAAA